AUGGAAUUCCGAAGCAACAUGAUGUGGCUAAGCAUGUUCUUUGUUGUGGUGUCUCUUUGGGGUGUGACAGUGGCACAAACUGACUCAAGUUGCACCAAUGUGUUUAUAAGUCUUUCUCCAUGCCUUGACUACAUCACAGAACAAACUUCCUCUCCUUCCUCGGGUUGCUGCUCACAGCUUGCUUCUGUUAUGGGGUCACAGCCACAGUGUCUAUGCGAGGUUGUUAACGGUGGCGCUGCUUCGUCUAUUGCUGCUAGUUUUAACAUCAAUCAAACUCGCGCGUUGGCACUUCCAGCAACUUGUAAUGUCCAAACACCUGUCAACACUUGCACUGGUUCAACUUCUUCUUCUUCUCCUCCGACGGGUGUUUCUAUUUCCAACAUUCCGAAUUCUCCUUCAGGGAGUUUUGCAUCAACAACUGGAAGCAGUGAAAGUAUUCGUGGCUCAUCGUCGUCUUAUAGAACAUCAUCAAGUUCUGGAAAUUUUCAAUGUUCUUUGCUUGUUCUGGUUAUCUUUGCGAAGUUAACAUUCAUAUUCAUAACCACUUAG